ACCCCCAUUCAUAAAAUUCCAUCAGCUCUAAUUCUUUUCCUUUAUUUCCAGGUACCUAGAUGGUAACCAGUUCAGUUCAGUUCCCACCGUACUCUACACCUUCAAACAUCUUCAGCUGGUGGACAUGAGCAACAAUAGGAUCAGUUCAUUGACCAACACCUCCUUCAUCAACAUGAGCCAGCUGACUACCCUGAUUCUCAGUUACAAUUCCUUGCGAUGUAUCCCAGCCUCGGCAUUCCAGGGUCUUCGCUCCCUCCGGCUCCUGUCACUACAUGGGAAUGACAUCUCCACACUUCCUAAGGGAAUCUUUGCUGAUGUGGCUUCUUUAUCACAUCUUGCCAUUGGAGCUAACCCCCUCUACUGUGAUUGCAAUCUCCUCUGGCUUUCAGACUGGGUUAAAACUGGGUAUAAAGAGCCUGGCAUCGCCCGCUGUGCUGGACCAGGAGAUAUGGAGGGCAAGCUCCUCCUAACCACUCCCGCCAAGAGAUUUGAGUGUCACGGUCCAACUGAACUCGGCGUCUUGGCAAAGUGCAGCCCCUGCCUGUCAAACCCGUGUCAGAACCAAGGAACCUGCCAGGAUGACCACUUGGAUUAUUACAAAUGCAACUGUCCGUUUGGCUACAAGGGUAGGCACUGUGAGUCUCCAGUCAGUGCCUGCAUCCAUCAGCCUUGUGACAAUGGAGGGACAUGCCAUGUAAAGGAGGGAGACUCUCAGGCGUUCUGGUGUACGUGCCCAGAUGGUUUCCAAGGGAACACCUGUGCUCUCAAUAUUGAUGACUGUGAAGAAAACGCCUGCAGAAAUGGUGCCACCUGUUUGGAUGGAGUCAAUAAGUACACCUGCCUGUGUCCCCCACAUCACACAGGUGAUCUGUGCGAGGAGCUGGUUGACCAUUGUUCACCUGAAUUAAACCCUUGCCAGCGAGACCCCAAAUGUGCAGUUACUGCCGAGAGGCCCAGAUGUGAAUGUAAUUCUGGAUCUGUCAGAGAUAACUGCAGUGUUGCUGUUGACAACUGUCAGGAUCACAAGUGUCAGGGAAACAGUGUCUGCAUCGAUGGGAUCGAUGGGUAUACCUGUCUGUGCUCGGAAGGUUACAGUGGCCGUUUCUGUGAGCUUCCCUCCCAGGCUUCCUCAGACUCUGUCCAGUGCCAACUGCAGGACUGCCAUAACGGUGGACAGUGUGUGAAUGUUGGCGCCCGCUCCCUUUGCCAGUGCCUCCCAGGCUUCGGAGGGUCGCGGUGUGACAAGCUGGUCAGUGUCAACUUUGUGGAUCGGGACUCCUACCUCCAGUUCACCGAGCUCAAAAACUGGCCCCGUGCAAACAUCUCGCUGCAGGUCAGUCUGUGGAGAGGAGCAAGGAGCGAGUGCUUUAAA